AUGAAAUCCAAAGAUAUUACAUUAUUAGACGGAUGCAAUAAUGUAAUAGUAAUUUAAUAACAAUCUGAAUAUUUUGAAUAGAACCAAAUGAAAAUGAUUGAAAUCGAUAAAUGCUAAUAAUAAAUGUCUUAAGGACGUAAAUAAGAGCUUGGGGAUUGGGAAAAAUUCAAAAAGUAAAAAGAAUAAUGA